GACGGAGAAGGCUAAGUCCAUAAUCUAUAAAUGGUCAGCUUUCGGCUAUGCAUGAGAAAGAUGAGGGAAAAAGCAUGCAAAUUUGCAGGAAACAAAGCGCCCAUAGUACUUAUCGGUGUAAGCUAGCAAAUAUCGCCGGCGCAAUAUAGCAAUAAAAAAAAUAAAAAUAAAGAGAUGAUAUAGAAGAGCAGGGGUGCAGGUGUACAGAAGACACCUACACAUGCGCGCAGUACAACCCACCUCAUCACACACACAUUAACACACCUUGGUGUGCCUUUUUCUCUUGCAACAGACAACGUUAUAUUUUUUAAGAAAAUAAAAACAUAGUAAACGUUACAAACAAUAGUAUUGAGUUUUGAGAGUCUCUCCUUAUUCUUCCUCCUGACCCAAACAACAAAAAUAUGUAUACGUACAAACGAAACUCGCUAUGAGAAAGAGAAAGAGAGAGAUAGAUGGCCUGAGUUGUGUAUAGGAGAGAGAAGAGAGAAGAAGAGUUGGAGGAAGAAGAAGGAGGAGGUUACUAUACACUCUAUGUUAGAGACACGGACAUAACUCAGGCUUUCAUUUUGUCUUCUUUCACUCUUUCUCUCUCUUCAUCAUCAUCAUCACCAUCAUCAUCAUCUUCAUCGUCGUUUUUUGUCUUCCCUUUUGGGUCUUCUUCUUCGUUUCUCUUUUAGCGAAAUCUAGUUUUGUUUUGUUUGUCUUCGUCCAGGAAGGAGAACUGGAUUUUGAGUAUCUGUUUAGACUGAAAUAUGGGUUGUGGUGGUGUACAAAGAACUGGGUUGUGUAGUGUUAAUGGAGUAGAGAAGCCGGGUAGAAGAUGCUUUGAAGUUCCAACCAACAACGAAGGAGUGAAAGACGAGUUGUACAUUGAUCUAUGGCACGCCUGUGCGGGCCGUCACGUUCGUGUCCCGCGCCUUGGGGAAAAGGUGUACUACUUUCCACAAGGUCACAUUGAACAGGUUCAAGCUUAUGCUAACGAAGAUGGCAAUAUGGAUAUGCCAAUCUACAAUUUGCCCCCUAAGAUCCUCUGCAGGGUCGUUUAUAUCCAACUAAAGGCAGAAGCUCAAACGGAUGAGGUUUUCGCUCAGGUCACUUUGUUUCCACUAACUGAUGAGGAUGAGCUAAGUUCGGAUGAUGAGAAUAUCAUAACAUUGCCCAAGAGAACUAAAGUAUUCUCUUUUAGCAAGAUUCUUACUCCGUCUGACACAAGCACACAUGGUGGAUUCUCUGUUCCUAAACGCCAAGCUGACGAGUGCUUCCCCCUUCUGGACAUGUUGCAGCAACCACCUGUACAGGAACUAGUUGCAAAGGACCUGCAUGGAUUGGAGUGGCACUUUCGUCAUAUAUUUCGUGGUCAGCCAAAACGACACUUGCUCACUAGUGGUUGGAGUACAUUUGUAUCUGCAAAGAAGCUAGUUGCUGGGGAUUCAUGUAUCUUUCUUAGAGGAGAAGAUGGAGAACUUCGUGUUGGCGUCCGCCAUGCUACGAAAAGAACCCCAAACAAUGCCUCAACAUCCGUUAUAUCUGGCCACAGCAUGCAGCACGGCAUUCUCGCCAGUGCUUUCCAUUCCAUUUCUACCGGAACCUUGUUCACUGUGUACUACCGUCCUUGGACAAGUCCUGCUGAGUUCAUAAUACCUUAUGAAGAAUAUAUGAAGUCAGUGGAAAAUGACUAUGUGGCCGGAACAAAAUUUGGAUAUACUUUUGAAGGUGAAGAAUGUUCAGAAAAGAGAUUUACAGGUACCAUAGUACGUGUUGAAGAUCACGAUGGCAUACGAUGGCCUGGCUCAGAUUGGAGGUGUCUGAAGGUGGAAUGGGAUGCCAAAUCAAACAUAUCUAUACUUCCCGGAAGGCUUUCUCCUUGGAACAUCAAGCCAGUGGACUCUACUGACAAGACAGACACUUUUGUCCGACCUCCACCAAAGAGGAGGCGUGAGCUUCAUCUUCCAUCAUCUGAAUUUUCUACCUUGGCCAGUGAAGUCAAGUGUACACCACAGAGACAUAAAGAGGUCUUGCAAGGUCAAGAAAUAAGUGUUAUACAUGCCCAUGAGCCAGGUGCACGAAUACAAUCAAUGCUACCAAAAUUUGUUAUGCCACCAAAUCCAGAAUGGAAGCAAGCACAAUUGAAAUUUGAAACACAGCUCCAAGUACCCUUCUAUCAGUAUCCCAGAGAACAAAUGGCAUUUCCUGGUGAAACAACAGCGAAAACAAGCCUCACUAACCAGUGGUGGUCAAUGUACGCCCCUUAUAGAGGCAGUGAUAGUGCUGCAUUUACAAAAAGCUUUUCAGUUUCAAAUGGAAACUCUAGCCAUUCAGGGUCCCAGGAAUAUAUGACAUUCGAACAGAGGAGCGAUGAUGUUGCUCCUCGCUAUCCGAAUGGCUGUGACAAAUACAUGCUCUUUGGAGUCAAUUUGUUCAACAGUCACCCGGAGCUCCCUUCACCACAAGUUACUACUUCUAGCGAGCUAUUAAGCUCCUUUUCCUUUCCUCCAACAUCCCAGUCUAGUAGUGUUUCUGAACCUAUCCAGGUUUCAGACACAUCUAAGAGUGUCUCUGAUGUUAUUCCAGAGAAACAAUGCAAGCAAUGCUGCUCAAUCAAUAAGAGGAGUUGCAUAAAGGUUCUCAAACAUGGAACUGCCCUUGGAAGAUCAAUGGACCUCGCCCACUUUGAUGGCUACACAGAACUCAUUGCUGAGCUUGAUCAGAUGUUUGACUUCAAUGGAAGUCUGAUAGAUGGAAGCAGUGAGUGGAAAGUGACAUACAUGGACAUUGAAGGGGACUUAAUGUUGGUAGGAGAUUAUGAUUGGCAGGCAUUUCGCUCAGCUGCCCGGAAGAUAUUCAUCUGUCCAAAGGAAGAAAUCAACAAACUGAGCCCAAGCUCACUUAAAUCCAGUCUGUUAGUUGAUGAUGAAUGAGAUGGUUUGUUUGUUUUGAAGCAAAAUACUCUUUUUGAGAACUUGAGCUAUGCAUAUUACAAUCAUGCAGCUGCCUUGUAUCUUUUAUUACAAACCUUUAUGAGAUGGUUUAUAUUUGUGAUGAUCAAGACAGAUUUUGCUGCACUGAUACUACUCUUCAAUGGUAAUAAUUAAGACACUGCAGCAUGAAUUGAUUUUCAA